ACAAGAACGAAGGUUCGCUUCAGCGAACAAUUUGCGAAAGAAACUCUUAAGCAAAUUGUUCGCUAACUCGAUAAAUUUUCGGAGUGGCAGCACAUUUUUGUUUUGACAAGCGUUGCUCGAGCAGUGAACAUAAAAUAAAGUGAAAUAUUAUUAUUUCUAGCAUUUAAGGUGAUUAAAUAACCAAAAUAAAGUUUGUUUCAUAAAAUUUGCAUUUGAUUGUAGUUUACGCGUGUGUAUAAUGCCAAACAGAAAGUGUCGCAAUUUUAUACGCGAGGCUAGCCAUGUAGCAGCCGCAAUAGCUACCAAAAGGAAAGCUUUGGCUGAAGUACCAGAAGGCUUGGAGAACAGCCUAGACAUUGCGGUUAUUGGCGGAUGCUUAAUCCCGAUCGACAUCCAACCAAACUGCACCGACUUAGUGCCUCCAUGUACUGCAAUUGGUGACAUCGAUAUUUCAACCACAACAAGCAGUCAAGUUGAAGGGGAGCCUUUCACAAUAAGAUCAGCAAAAUGGGUGUCUGCUAAUAACAUUAGUAAACAGGCGGGAAAUGCAUUGCUAGUUUUGCUAUCUGAAAAGAUUUCCGACUUACCCAAGGACGUUCGUACUUUGAAAAGUACACCACGCAGUAUAGUGAAACGAAAAGUAGACCCAGGGGAAUACGUUCACUAUGGCGUUAGGGAUGCUCUUACAGAUUUUUUAAUUAACUCUGAUUUCCAUUCUCCAAAUAUUUUUCUUAAUGUAAACGUUGAUGGGUUGCCUUUGCUCAAAAGCUCGCUUAAACAAGCUUGGCCAAUAUUAAUAAACGUGAAUGGUACAAAACCCGUGAUAGUUGUAGGUAUUUAUGUAGGCAAUUCCAAACCUAAAGACCCAAACAUUUAUUUAAAAGAAUUCGUUGACGAGCUACAAACAUUAGUUAGAGAUGGAAUGAUUUGUAGGAAUAAACACUUUAAUAUCGGAAUAAGAGCAUUUAUAAAUGAUGCACCAGCAUGGGCAUUUAUUUUAGGAGUUAAACAUCAUUCUGGAUAUUAUUGCUGCAAUAAAUGUGUUCAGAAGGGAGAAAGAUUUGAACGACGAAUUAUCUUCAAAAAAGAGCAUAAUGUGUCUACAUGUAAUGAAAGUUUUAGAAACCGCUUGUACCCAGAUCACCACAAUAUAACCGAGGAACCUGCUUUAGAAAAACUUCAAAUCGAUAUGGUAGAACAAUUUCCUUUCGAUUACAUGCACGUUGUUUGCUUAGGGGUUGUGAAAACUAUAUUAGUGGCUUGGACAAGAGUAAGAAGGCAACCUUUUUCUUUAAGGCGUGACUCUAUAAGCCUUAUAAGUGCACAAUUUUGUUCAUUAAAAAUAUUUUUUCCAAAAGAAAUCAGCCGAAAACCAAGACCACUUGAUGAUUUAGAAAGAUUCAAAGCUACAGAGCUUCGUACAUUUUUACUAUACACUGGACCAGUAGUUAUGAAAGGCUUUUUAGAUACUGCAAGAUAUAAUCAUUUCUUGGUUCUCAGCUUGGGAAUAAGACUUCUCCUUCAUGAGGAAUAUUGCAAAACCAAAAAUGGGCUUGCCGAUGCUUUGCUAAAUAAAUUUGUUGAAGAAAUACCUACACUCUAUUCAUUUACAAUGUUAUCUUUUAAUUUCCAUUGCUUAACCCAUUUAAGUAGACAGGCGUUGAAAUUUAAUUCUUUAGAAACUAUUAGCGCCUUUCCUUUUGAAAACUUUCUAGGGCAGUUGAAAGUUAUGGUUAAAAAAAGCGACUUCGUAAUAGAACAGCUAUACAAUAGAAUUGUUGAGAAAAGCUUAUUGAAUGUUUUUCAUAAAGUAGACAAAUUUAAUAACAAUGUGCCCGGUCAAAAAAUAUAUCACAAUAACUUUUUCUUUAAUCCUUUAAUAUGUUAA